AUGGUGGUCAUUGUUCCUGCUGAUUUUGAAUUAUUUAUUAUUCAUCAAAAUUCUUUGCAGGAGACUCAGUCUGAUUUGGAGGUGAUCUUAGAGUUCCUGGAGGAGUACUACAAACAAAACACUGGAGAAAAUGAGGACAAGGUGUACUGGACUGCAGAUGGAGAGUCAUGGGAGCAGCGCUGGACGUGCUACGAGCCACCAAAUAUCAAACCUGCACUUCAGCCUUUGCUGGCACACGACGCCCCACCAGCUCUCAGCCAAAACACAACAGCAACAUUGUGUGAGCGUGGGUCAGUGCCAAACUUUGUAUCAACAAGACAACCAACCAAACACGCGGCCACAGCAGCGGGGAGUGGUAGAAAGGUGCGACUCUUUCACUUCCUGUUUGAGAUGCUGGAGGACCCGAGCAUGGCCCACUGCGUGUCCUGGGUGCCAGCAGCCGCCGGCGUCUUCCGCUUUUCCUCCACCAACAAGGACCAGGUGGCGGCACUCUGGGGCCAGAGGAAGGGCAACAAGAGGCCCAUGACUUACCAGAAGAUGUCCCGCGCCCUCAGGAACUACGCCCGGUCCGGAGAGAUCUUCAAGGUGAAGAAGAAGCUCACCUACCAGUUCAGCCGAGACACCCUGAUGUCACUGCAGAAGCGUCGUCCAGGAGAUUCGUAA